CAUUGACCACAUUUUCGUGGCGGGUGAAAAGCGCGUGGUCUACGCGCGAGCUCUGGACGAACUGUGGGCGGAAAACAUCUCAGAUCAUAUCCCGGUCAUCGCCACCAUUGAAUUCUGAGACUCACUUCUAAAAAGGAGUGCGCCUUUUCUAGCCUCAGAUGGCGAGUGCUGACUUGUUGCCGUCCCCGUCUCUAGCAGGAGGAUGCAGCUCUUUGCCUGAUUUCGUUUUUGGUGUGCAAAUACUUACUUACAUACCUAUCAUGUGUAGAGCAAGACCAAGAAAUUUUUUAACAUGAAGUUGAAAGGCAACCAAAACCAAUGCUAGCGCUGGAGGAGGUGCGUAGCAGUAAAACAUUCCUCAUCCUGUUUACCUUUUAUUUCUUGCAACACUUCUCGUGGUGCUCUUCUUUCUUGCUUCGUGCGGCGCAGGAAGAUUUGUGUGUCCGUUGUCACAUCACAGACUCUUGAUGGACGAGGCGCCGUGUACUUGUACUCGCCGUCACGAUCAACAUGAUAACCUGCGAUCGCUUUUUUAUAUUAAUUCAUGGUUGUUCUAGAUACAGCUUUCCAUUUCAUCCCCGACCAUCCAUCUGUCGAUCAUGUUGGUUCUUCAGCUGCUUACAUUCGAUGUUAAACUUGAAAUUUUAAAAGGCAUAGCACGGGGUGACGCUUGUUGUGUGCUGAGAAGAAAUGCAUAUGCAAGGAGAUGAUGCGUUCGAGCUGUAACUGGUCACAUUCUCUAUCAUGAUGUCAACCAUGAAGCAGAUUUUUGACCAUGUACGAGGAGCUCCUCAUCUCGGAGAUGAAUGGAGCGAUUGUAAGCUAGCGCUAGGGGAAAAAAUGGUCACCGGACUUGAAAAAAAGCAGACAACAGAGACAUUUAUUCGGCGCAUCGUCAGUGUCGUCAACGUCUUUGUUCUGUACCUACUUAGAUGUGCACCACCUGCUUCACAUGCAGUCCUACAAUUAUCGGAAUUCAACCGUCAGAUACAGCGCAUUCAUGUUUGCGAACUUUUUUUCGAAGCGAAAUUUGAAUUUGUCGAUAGAAAAAUAAAAGAACGACCGCCAGCAGCAUAA